CCCUUCCUGGUGCGAAGCUUCCCUUUUGCACCGCCAGCCCUCCCUCCCUCCCCCCUCCCCCUCAUUUCCUUCUGCUGGGGGCGGCAGGAGCCCGAAGUGUGGACGGUUUGCAAAGGCAGCGGAAGCAACAGGUGCCGCGUGCCAGGAGUCAAAAUGGAGGAGUGGGCCUCGCCAGGACCCAAGUCGGCGGAGGGCAUGCCUGGGAAAGAACUUCACAUUGUCCAAGUUGGGACCAUCGCGGAAUCGAUUCCGCCUCGGGUCAAGCAAGAACCAAAGGAGCGGGUGCAGGAGUUCUGGGAAGCCAGAAAGCAGGAAUUUCUGAAGACGGUGGCACCGUCCUCGUAUCCCGGGUGGGGAGACGCACAAUCGCCUCCGACGGAGAAGAGCUCCGCAGGGACAAAGGCCUCCUUUGAAGGAGCGUCAGGCACUAAGCAGCGGUCCAGAGAAGAGGGUGCGGAUCUGACCCUGCUAGGCCUGAGUGGCAAGGAGGAAAACGCAGAAGCCUUUGUGGGAGUGAAGGAGGAGAUCCCGGACACAGGUGCCCUCAACAUGGAGAUGCGCUGCCAGCGCUUCCGGCAGUUCAGUUACCGGGAGGCUGAGGGUCCCCGCGAGGCCUUCUGCCAGCUCUGGGAGCUUUGUCGCCAGUGGCUGAAGCCGGAGAGACACACCAAGGAGCAGAUCUUGGAGCUGGUGAUCCUGGAGCAGUUUCUGGCUGUCCUGCCCUUGGAGAUGCAGUGCUGGGUGAGGGAGAGGGGCCCGGAGACUGGCAACCAGGCCGUGGCCCUGGCGGAGGAUUUCCUGUGGAUGCCGCCAAGGACGGAGAGGUCGGAGCAGAAGACAGUAGAGGAUUUGGACAGUUCUGCUGCCGGUUCCCCCAAGUCAGAGCUGGAUCCGUCGGACAUUGUGAAGAUUGAGCUGCCCAUGGAUGGUGAUGGAAUCAGUGACCAGCAGCCAUAUAUCCUUGGGGGAGCGGCUGGCUUGGAGGAGGGGAUGAGGAAGAAGGCGGUCCUGGGCCCCCGUCCGAAGACCCCAAAGGUGCCACCCAAGGAGAAGCCCCACAAGUGCCAGUACUGCGGGAAGAUCUCUGACUGCCGUGCCCACCUGAUCAUCCACGAGCGGACGCACACGGGCGAGAAGCCGCACAAGUGCUCGGCCUGCGGCAAGUGCUUCACGCGGAAGGAGUCUCUCAUCAUCCACGAGCGCUUCCACACGGGCGAGAAGCCGUACAAGUGCUCGGCCUGCGGCAAGACCUUCAGCGACAAGAUCGGACGGCUGAUCCACGAGCGGACCCACACGGGCGAGCGGCCCUACAAGUGCCCCGAGUGCGGGAAGAGCUUCGGCACGCGCUGCAACCUCCUGCGCCACCGGAGGGUGCACACGGGGGAGAAGCCUUACCGGUGCGUCGAGUGCGGCCAGAGCUUCCGCUACCGGCCGCAGCUGGUGAUCCACGAGGGCAGCCACAAGGGGGAGAAGCCCUACAAGUGCCCCGAGUGCGGGGAGAGCUUCAGCCAGACGCGGCACCUGGUCAUCCACAAGUGGACCCACACAGGGGAGAGGCCCCACAAGUGUGCUGUCUGCGGCAAGAGCUUCAACCAGAAAUCGGACCUCGUCACGCACACCCGGACCCACACGGGCGAGAAGCCGUACGCCUGCUCCGAGUGUGGGAAGAGCUUCAUCUCCAGCUGCCAGCUAAGGAAGCACGAGCGGAUCCACACGGGGGAGAAGCCCUACCAGUGCGCCGAGUGCGGGAAGCGCUUCACCUACAGCUCGCACCUGACGACGCACAAGCGCACACACACGGGGGAGAAGCCCUACCAGUGCGCCGACUGCGGCAAGUGCUUCAUCUCCAGCUCGCACUUCACCGCCCACAAGCGGACGCACACAGGGGAGAAGCCCUUCCGCUGCGCGCACUGCGGGAACGGCUACAUUCAGAGGUCGCAGCUGGCCAAGCACGAGAGGUCCCACACGGGGGAGAAGCCCUACGCCUGCUCCGAGUGUGGGCAGAACUUCCGCUGGAGCCAAGGCCUCAAGAAACACAUGCGGACGCACACGGGAGAGAAGCCCUACCAGUGCCCGAGGUGCGAGAAAACCUUCUCCAGCUCCUCCAACCUGUCCCGCCACCAGAAGAUCCACACCAGGGAGAAGCCGUAAUGGCGGCUUCAUGUCCGGAUCCAACGGUGGGAUCGCGGGUGUGGUCGGAAUACCAAAGAAGGACGUCCAGAACUCCCAAGGGUUCAGUUCUGGUGCUUUCUUCAAAGAAAGGUGCAGAGUUCCACCAAAGCAAGUCAAUAUCAACAUAUCUGAGCUCUUUGCUACAACAACUAAUUGUGGGAAAAUUCCUUCAGUAGCACCUUAAAGACCAACUAAGUUUUUAUUUUGGUAUGAGCUUUUGUGUGCAUGCACACUUCGUCAGAUACGAAAGCUCAUACCAAAAUAAAAACUUAUUUGGUCUUUAAGGUGCUACUGAAGGAAUUUUUUUAUUUUGUUUCGACUCAGACCAACACGGCUACCUACCUGUAACUAGAACUAAUUGUGGGGUUAUCUUGACUACCAAGAUGGUGACUGCAAGCCUUCCAGAACAUGCCACCUUUGGUUCAGCACACUGACAAGCUGUACUCUCACCUCUCUGACACCUCACCCUGACAUGGCCCCUGGUGCUCCUGCAGUGAAAACCCGCUUUGUUUCUCUUCUCCCUGCCAAAAGAGACACUCUGCUCCAGCUGCCAGCUGCCCAGGAACUGCAAGGGAGGGGCACUCUGGCUCUCAGAACCAGCAAGUGGAACAAGGACUGCUGGCUGCCUUUUUUUUGUAUGCCAGGUUUGGGGAACCUGUGGCCCUCUGGAUGCAAGACUCCAGUUCCCAUCAUCCCCAGCCGAUGCGGGCAAUGGCCAGGAAUGAAGGAAUCUGCGGUUCAGCAACACCUGGAGAGCUUUGGGUUCUGCCAUUCCUGCUUUGGGGUGACCUGGAAGUAAGCCCUGGUGAACCUGAGUAGACUCUGAAUAUGCAAGGAUGAGGUUUCAUGGUUCAAGUGUGUCAUGGGCUUUGAAGAAACUCGAUCUCAGGACGCAAGGGAGAAACGUGCUAAGAGGAAGGCACGCUUGGCAAAUCCACACCCGCCUGGAAACCAAUGUCCCCACUGUGGAAGGAUGUGUGGAUCCAGAAUUGGCCUCCAGUCACUUACAGACCCAUUGUUAAAGCCGUGUUUAUGGAAGACAAUCUACAAGUGAUCGCCAAAGAAGAAGUAGCGUCAUAGGCCAGCUUUGAGCUUAAUUGAAAUGCUGUGUAAAAAAAAAAGAGUCAGCCAGAAAACGAGUUCAAACGCAACACCGUAGCCCGAGCAGAUUGGAAUAAAAUUCAGAUGGAAAGGGAAUUGAAAUAUUUAGGCUGCCACCCCAGCCCUGCCCACUUGGAAGGAAGUCCCACUGAAUUCAUUGGGGCUUACUCCCAGGUGAGUUGAGUUGGGAUCGCUGCUUCUGCAGGGCUGGUGUCUUAUAAAGGUUGGUGCUGGAUUUUAAAAAGUAAACCUUGUUGGCAAAGAACAUGAUGGGCUUGUUGGUUUUUAACAGCUCUCUUGAUGAAUGUACACAACUGCUUUUAGGCACUGGAGAAGAGAGAAUAUUCCAUUCCAUUGUAUGAAAGAGGGGUCUUUAUCAAUUUGCCAUUUGUGCGUACCUACGUUAUGGGCACAUUUGUUUCUCGGCCGCUGCGAUCCACCCGGGGCAGAAGGAGGCUAGGAGGCAAUAUGUACAAAGUCACAGCAGUUUAGAUUUUAGCAACUGUACUGAUUGUAAUUAUUGUAUUAAAACUAACUCCAGAUCCUCAUUAAAUUCUAGCUGCUGUAUCUCUUGUGGAGUGGAACAUGCAUUGCAUAAAAAAUAAAAUAAAAAAUCUUGCCCUUUACCUCCAAGGAGCUCAAGGGGGUUUCCACCGUUUCCUGCCCAACCCCAACAUCCUGUAACAACCUGGUAAAGGUAAAGGGGCCCCAGAGUCAGGUCCAGCCGUGUCCGACUCUGGGGUUGCGGCGCUCAUCUCCAGGGGAGCCAGCGUUUGUCCGCAGACAGCUUCUGGGUCAUGUGGCCAGCAUGACAAAGCUGCUUCUGGCGAACCAGAGCAGCGCACGGAAACGCCGUUUACCUUCCCGCCAGAGCAGUCCCUAUUUAUCUACUUGCACUUUGAUGUGCUUUCGAACUGCUAGGUGGGCAGGAGCUGGGACCAAGCAACGGGAGCUCACAGGGAUUCGAACCGCCAACCUUCUGAUCAGCAAGCCCUAGACUCUGUUCUCCUGGGGUGCUUUUGCCAGAAUUCUGCAUGCCAGAUAAGUCAGUUUUUCUCAGACGGAAACCCACCAAAAUAAGCUAAACAGAUGAUGAGGUAAGGCUACGUAAGGUAAAGGUAAAUGACCCUGGGCGGUGAAGUGCAGUCAAAGGAGACUGUGGGGUUGCGGUGUACACACCACAGAGCCAUAGCAUAGAGAGCAUAACAUAACACAGGAAGAGCCCAGCUAGAUCAGAUCAAGGGCCUGUCUAGCACAGCCUCUUACUUUCACAGAUGCCUGUGGGAAGCUCACAAGCAGGACUUCAGCACAGGAUCACUCUCCCCUCCUGUGGUUCCCAGUAAUUCCUGGUUUUCGGAAGCACUUUCUCCCGCAGCGGAGAGGGAACAUAGCCAGCAUGGUUCAUAGCCUUAUUCGCCAUGCAAGUUCCUUACCCCAUUUUUCACUUGCCUUAACUCGGAUGAUUAGGCCCCUGGAUCAUGGCCUCAGUGCAAGAGAAGAUCAUCGUCAUG